AUGUAUAACACCAUCCACACCUUAAGAGAUAGUCAAGGAAAUUGGUUGGAGAAUAGAGAACAAGACGUCUCUUUGCUUUCAAUGCAUUUUAAAAGUAUUUAUACUUCUUCUUCGCCGUGUUCAGCUGACAUUGAUGAUGUUCUUCAAGAUAUUAAGCCAAUUAUUACAGCUGAUCUCAAUGCAAAGCUUGUUGAGAUUCCUAGUGUUGAGGAAAUUCAUUCCACUGUUAAUAGUAUGGCGCCUUGGAAAUCCCCGGGGCCAGAUGGUUUCCCGGGGGGGUUCUUUAGGGAUAAUUGGGAUAUGGUUUCUGCUGAGGUAAUUAAUCAUGUUCAAGGGUUUUUUCGUAGUAAGUUUCUUCUUAAGCAACUUAAUCACUCCUUCAUUGCUUUGAUUCCUAAAGUUAGUAACCCCUCCACUCCAAAUGAUUUUCUGCCGAUUAGUCUAACUAAUACAGUAUACAAGAUUAUUUCAAAAAUUCUUACUAAUCGUUUAAAACCCCUUCUAGAUUCCUUAAUUUUGCCAUAUCAGUCUGCUUUUACAGCUAAUCGUCAAAUUCAUGAUAAUAUCAUCAUAAGUCAUGAAAUCCUCCAUUCUUUUAAAACUAUGAAAAGAAAAAAUAACAAAGAUGGAUUUAUGGCCAUUAAGUUGGAUUUGUCGAAAGCAUUUGAUCGACUUGAAUGGUCUUUCAUAAUGUCUGUUUUUAAGAAACUUGGUUUUUCGAUUGACUGGUGUCAAAUGAUUUUCCAGUGCAUAAGUACUAUCUCCUGUUCUAUCUUGGUGAAUGGCUCACCAGGAGAUGUGUUUUUUCCUACUAGAGGCAUUAGGCAGGGACAUUGUUUAUCUCCCUGUAUUUUCAUCAUUUGUAUGGAAGCUCUUUCCCAGUUUUUGUUGAAAGGUGAGAAAGAGAAUGUUAUUCAAGGUUUCAAAUUGAGAAAGGAUAGUCCUCCAAUCUCUCAUUUAUUUUUUGCAGAUGAUUGCAUGCUUUUUUCAAAAGCUUCGCUUACCUAUGCUAGAAAUCUAAUGAGAAUUAUUAACAAAUUUGCAAAAGCUUCUGGCCAAGCUAUUAAUCUAGAAAAAUCGGGUUUUUUUACCAGUAGAAAAAUGCAUCAUAAGCAUAUUAAGAUGCUCUUAAAAACUUUAGGGAGUAGCUCUGAAAAAUACCUUGGUACUCCUAUCGAACUUUCUGGUGGUCUAAAAAGAAUUCAAGAAGAGGGGUACUUUCGUUCUUGGGGGGACAUUGGGAAAUCAAAACUGAAUGGUGGUCUUGGUAUCAGAAAUACUUAUGCUACAAACAGAGUUCUUAUAGCUAAGCUAGGGUGGAGAAUUUGUAAAAACCCUGAUCAGUUGGUUGCUAUCUUCCUUAAAAACAAGUAUUUUCCUAAUCAGAAUAUAUUAGAAAUAGAUAAGGCGGCUAAUACUUCUUCUUGGAUCUGGAAAGGUAUUGUAAAUAGUUUGGUUUUCCUUAGAGCUAACUUGGUGUACAAGAUAAAUGAUGGUAGCAUAACUAGGAUUUGGGAGCAUAAUUGGUUGCCCGGUAGCUCUUCUCCUCCUACUUCUACAAAUCCUAACUUUGGGAAUUAUAUUUAUGUUAGUGAACUUAUUGAUAGGCAAGUUAAUGGAUGGAACAUUGGUCUUCUUUCUUCUCUGUUUUCGCAUGAAGAUGUUAAAAAGAUUAGAACUUUAAAAAUAAAUGUCACUAAAAAAGAUGAUAUUAUGUGGGCUCAUACUUUAAAUGGUAAUUUUACGGUUAAGUCAGCUUAUAAAGCUUAUAUGAAUGAAUCUUACUCAACUGAUGAUGCAUCUUUUUGGAAAAAAGUUUGGUCCUUAGAUUGUUUAUCUAAAAUAAAAUUCUUUGUGUGGAAGAUUUUUUCUCACAUGCUGCCUGUAAAUUCAGUUCUCAAGUUCUAUAAUCCAGCUAUUGAUGAUUGUUGUCCGUUGUGUAGAAAAGAAGUGGAAACUGUUAUGCAUCUUUUUAUUCAAUGCCCUAUUGCUUCUCACAUUUGGUUUGCUCUUUCCUUUCAACAUUUGGUUAAUUCUGCUUUUGUAUGGAUAGAUGAUAUAUUUAUGUCUUGGUUUGAGAAUAAUUUGGGUAACUCUCCCUGUGCUGUGAAUUGUCCAAGCAUUGGUGCAAUAGUGCUCUGGUCAAUCUGGAAGUUAAGGUGUGAUGUUGUUUUUAGAAAUGAGCAGGUGUCUCUUGACAGAACUAUAAUGGAUAUUAAGACAUCUUUAAAUACCUAUAUAACAGCUCCCUGUUCGUUUAAGAUGGAUGCUACUUCUGUAAAUAAGUUUACAAUCCAGGAUUUCGAUUAUAUCAUGUUCAUUGAUGGGUCUUUCAAAAAAUUUGACAUGGGUAUUGGAAUCAUGCUUUGUGACAAUGCAGGAAGAAUAAAAAGGUGCAGAGCAGACUUUGGACUGACUUCAAGUGCUUUUGCGCAGAGACAAAGGCGCUAA